UCGCCUCUACCGCAACCGCGAAGACACCCGCUGAAGCCCGGCGGACCCAAAGAGAGUGAGCUGAUCAGAUAUUUGGAUCACGCCAUCAAUAGCAUACAAAAGCGCGUGGAUAACCGCGUCACACACAAGCAGGUCAAGCCCGCGCCCGGCCAAGAAGAAGGAUACAGCGCGUUUUGGCAGGCUGCGAAGGACGUUGACGGGCUAGUGGAUGUAGUAUGGGUGUCUGGGUCGCCAAACCUCCAAAUCCCUUACCUACUCAAUCUCGCCGUCCUCACGGUCGAAUAUCUCCGACUGUUUGGCUCUUCCACACGCUCUGCUCAAGCUACCUUCAGCCUUCUAUCGAAACUAGACUAUGCGUUCUCUUCGUUGCUCACGGGCAAUGAAGCUACGACGGGCGAAUCGCUACCUGGCUUCGAGGGCGGGCGUAGUGUAUCCACAACAGACAAGGUUCGGUUAAAGGGCAUCGUAGACCGCACAAGACUCGCCGUGGUACGCGUCAUGAGUGGAGAGAGCGAGGCAGGCGAUGAAGGGGAUGGUGGCGAGCCUAUGGACACCGAUGCCGACGAAGAGGUGGACGCGGGUGGACGCAAUGGCACAGUGAUCUUUCCGGGUUUCGAAAAUAACAUAGAGGAUGAAGAGGACGAGGAUUGGGAAGAACGUAACGUUGGGCGCAUAUAUGAGAAGACGAUAGGAGAACUAGGAGACGUGUUAGGAGGCCCGCCAAUUGGGAUCAUCACAGAGGAUUGGGACGUCGAAGGAACAGGCCAGCAAAGACAUGGUCAAGGUUUUGUGGAGUCGGGAGCCGAGUUUGAGUUGUGA